UUAUAAUACAACAUAAUUUGAACUGAAUGAAAUAUAAAAACAAAAUUGUCGUAGUGCAUGUACUAUCUAUAAUUUUUAUUUUUUAAAACAUGCUUUAUAAAAUAAUAACUCUUUUUGUAGUUUUCACAUUUGAAUUUUUUUUAGAAAAUGUUUUUGCCGCGACGAUUUUUAUUAGUCCAGAAGAUGUAACAAUAAAAAAUGAAUCAUUUUCUCGAUGGACUUUUAGUAAUAAUGCGAAUAUAAAGAAGGCUCAAAGUUGUACAAGAGAAGAAAUUUCUGUAAAAUGUGGUAUUUUAGAAUUGAUAAUUGAACCUACAGCAAUUUAUGCAGAAAUUUAUUUGAACUAUGAUAAUAUUACUAAUUCAAAUUCAAUACAACUAAAUAUUAAUUUUCGGGAAAAAGACAUCGUUGUGACAAAAAAAAAAGAAUUGAAUUACUUUUCAUACGAUGAAGAAGGAAUUCAUAAUUUGGAGUCACACAUGAGGAGAUUACACCAUAAAAUAAUAUUUAAUAUAGUUAGAAUUUUUAACAGCAAUCCUGAAAGUAAUUAUCAUUCAUUAAAUUCUACGAUUUAUGACAAAAAAUUAAAAACUCAACUAGAAAAUGUCCAAAAUUCGUCUUUAUGGGAUUAUGUCAAAGAGGAUCUUGUUAAAAUGAAGAAUUAUAAUAACCAACUUGUCUUUACAACACUGAAAGAUAUCAUCAAUAACUCAACAAUACUUAAAAUAACUGUUGAAGAAAUUCUUCAUGAGACAAUAACAAUAACGAUUAAUCGAACUAUAAGAUAUGUGCUUUUACUAGCCGUAUAUACUUAUAAGAUACUAGAAAUUGAUGAGUUUUUUAAAUCAGAUCCAUUUUGGAACGAAUUAAUAGAAUAUUUUACAAANUGAUGGGUUUUUUAAAUCAGAUCCAUUUUGGAACGAAUUAAUAGAAUAUUUUACGAAAUUGAAUGUAGCAAAAAUAAAAUUGACUAAGCACAGUUCAACAACAAGACUCAUAGAACAAUUAAAAACUGAGCAAAGUUUUGGCAUAGAAGUCCACAUUUUAAAAUAUUUGAUAGAGGUAUGCACACUUACUUUAUAUCCGUCAGAUAAAAUUAUUGAACAUAAUUUUGAAAAGGCAAAAAUUUCCAAGUCCGAAAAAUCGAAUACACACAUAUUAGAAGAACAAGUACUGAAUUAUUUAUUAAAAGAAUUUUACGAGGAGUACAAUUUUAAUCUUAUACCAGAUACAAUAGAUGAAUUAAAAAAAAAAUUAAAGAUAAUUUUCAGGUUAAUUGACGCAGAAUAUACAAAUAUUCUUGAAAUAGACUUUUAAUCAUGUCAUUGUAUAGGCUAUAUAAAUCCUAGUUUAUAUUUAUCUUCUAAAAAUGUUUACAAUAAUUUAUUUAGAUUUACUUUUUUCAUUAUUAAAAAAAAAAAUAUUAAUAUUUAGACACGAUAAACUGUAUAUGAUAACUAAAUGUUGUAUUUUCAUGAUUUUUUUGAAAUAAAAAAUAAUUUUAAAUCUUCAAUUUGUAAUAUUAUAUUCAGGGAUUCGGAACGGAGCAAAUUUUGUUCCGUUCCAAUAUUUGUUCCGGAACGUCACUAUUAGUAAAAAUCGUUCAGGCCAUUUGGUCCGGAACGGAACUCUUCCUAAAAAUCGUUCGGGCCAUUUGCUCCGGAACGGAACUAUUAGUAAAAAUCUUUCAGGCUAUUUGCUCCGGAACGGAAUGCUAGCUACAAAUUGUUUCGCAAAAAUGCUUUGGAAUGUUUCUAUUUAUUUUCACCCCUCUGAUAUUUAUUAAUCACAUUUAAAUUAUUAUUAUAUUUUUUUAAAUUAAUCUACUAUUAAAUUUUUAUCUUUUAUAUAGAGGCGAGCCUCAUAUGGAUUCAGAUCUUUGUACUUAAGAGACUUAACUGGAGAGCGUUAUAUUCAGCCUAUUCAAUUAUUUUAAUGUAUUGCAUUGCUAUAACUAGAUUUAUUUUAGCAGUCGCUUUUCUGAAUUUAUAAAAACAAUAUUAUUAUUGACGAGUGAUGGAACUUAAAUUUUAAUUUAACCGUGUCAUUUUUACCAUAGAGUUACUCUAUGAUUUUUACACGUAAAUAACAAUACAAAUACAAUAAAAAUAUCUACUAAUCAGAAAUUUGCAGGAAGUUGAUUUUUUUGGAACAUUAGAAAGUAAACUUGUCACGAUUAAGAGUUGACAGCAUACAUUCUAUUCGAGGGCAUCUAGACGAAUUAUCCGUCCUUUUAGUAGCUGAUUUUUUAAUAAACAAUAAAAAUAAUUUAAAUUUAAAUAAUUAAUUCCCCAACAAUUUCAAUUAUAUCCAAUGUUUCAACUUACCAGAACAAAUUUUACUAAUAGUUCCGUUCCGGAGCAAAUAGUCGGAACGAAUUUUACUAAUAGUUCCGUUCCGGAACAAAUGGUCCGAACGGAACGAAAUUUCACGUUCCGGAACAAUAUUUUUGUUCCGUUCCGAAUCCCUGGUUGUAUUAUCACUUGUAAUAUUAAAAUAUUAUAUUUUGUUAUCUUUUUUACAUGUAGUCAUAUAUUAUGAAUUCACAAGAUCACCAAAACAGGGUUCCCUUAUUUAAAACUUAAAAUAAUCAAUAAACUAGACAAUUAAAUCUGAUUAUCGUACAGAUUCAAAGUAACGCCUAUGUGUGGGUUCUCAAUUAGGUCCAGCCAAUCACAUUUAACUAAUAAUUAAGAUCUACAGUUUCUAAGAACACACUAGGGAUCGCUACACGACCCUCGACUACUAUAAAAACCCAUUUUUUCCUAUUAAAAUCAGUUCUUUCGGCGAUUUUAAAAUACACAAAAUCUGCGACACUCUACUCAAGAUUCUUACUUUCUGGGACCUAGUUUUUUUUAAAUUUAUUUGGUUUUAGAAUAUUUUUCUUUAAAACUAAAUGACACUUAGAGAUUUUAAAGUGAAUUUUGUUUUGGUGAAUCUUUUAAUUUAAUUUAAUUUGUUCAUUAAAUAAUAAUGUUUUAUUUUAUCGUGGAAAUAAAU